AUGGUCAACCUAAAUUGGCCAGAACGGAAGAAGGACAGACCAGUCAUGCAGGCUGGCUCCAGUGGAAGCAGAAUAGUUUCAAAGGAGACUAUGGAAAGACCAAAAGCAACCAUUUCAGCUGGAAUAGUGCUUUGCAGCAGGUGCAAUUGUGAGGCUGAGUUGGAAGUAGUCCUGGAAAAACAGGAGCUGCCCAUUCCAAGUGUUUUUGACCGGAUCGGAACCACGCCCCAUGAUAGGACCAGACAGAGAAACUACCCUAGGCCUGUCCAAUCCAACAGAAGAGUGACUAAGCAGCCCAAGAGGAAAUAUCAAUAA